AUGCAAUUAUCUAAAAAGGUUCUCACUUCACUCCUUUUGUUCCUCGUGGUCUCGGUAGACGCGAGGAAGAAUUGCUAUGUACCGCAUACGGACGGCGUGGACGACUCGCCGGCGAUCAUGGAGGUCUUUGGCCGCUGCAACGUGGACUCGAACAUCAUUUUCAACACAAACAUUAUCUACAAUGCAUGGUCCCCAAUGAAGUGGUUCAAUCUGACAAACGUCAAUAUUGAGCUCCGUGGGCAACUCCAUCUCCCGACAAACAUUACGGAGAUUCAACAAAAGGUCGUGGCUACAUACGGUUCAUCCACGGCACCUUGGUUUAAUAUACAGGGCACCAACGUCAAUCUUCGUGGCGAGGCAGCGUACAAAGCAGGCAUCAUCCACGGUCACGGCCAGCACUGGUGGGACCUUGGCGUACGGACGUCGAGACCGCUGAUGGUUAUGUUCAACGUCUCGACUGGAACAGUGUCCAAGAUCAAGAUGAUCCAGCAAAUUGCUCACGGCUUCAACGUGCCUGGGAAGAAUAUAAAGAUCACGGAUCAUUACGUCGACUCGGUACCGACGAACGGAACACGCGACUCGCCUGCCUCCUUCCCCUUUAACACGGAUGGUUUCAAUAUUGGUGGCCAGAAUAUCACCAUUGAUGGAUACUACGGAAAUAACGGCGACGAUUGUGUCUCAAUCGUCAACAAAGCCAACAACGUCGUUGCGAGGAACGGAUACUGCGGAUUCUCGAGCCACGGUCUAUCCAUUGGCUCUUUGGGCAGCAAUGGCCAAAAUAGUCAAGUCGCCAACAUUCUAUUUGAGAACUGGGUAAUGGAUGGUGCGGUUUACGGGGCCAGGUUCAAGUCUUGGGCUGGUGGAAACGGACUGGCCGCCAAUAUUACCUGGAGGAAUAUCGUCCUCAAGAACGUGUCGACACCCAUCUUCAUUACACAAAACUACUAUGACCAAUCGAAAGGACCAAAGCCCAACAAUACGGCUCCGACAAGUACCCACGUCCAAAACUUCCGCUUCGAAAACUUUAGUGGUUAUAUGAACCCAAAUUGGACUGACGGGACGUGCAUUUCUGAUCCAUGCUGGAAUUAUGUCGAGGGUAUCAACGGCACGCAGGGGAUCAUAUUCGAUCUCUAUAAUGGGACCGCCACCGGCCUGCAAGUGAAGAAUUUCCAUGUGCGACCAUACAAGGGUACAGAGAAGGAUACGACGGUGAUCUGCGACCCUGCGACCCUGGCACCAGUCUGA